CCAUUGCUUGCUUGAAGCCAGCUGGGAAGGUUACAAAUGGUGAUCACAUGACCCCAGGACAGGGCAACUCAUAUAUACACGCUCUAUAAAAGAUUACUUAUAUACAUGCCGGUUGCCAAGCAUCGAUAUUUCGAUCAUGUGAUCAUGGGGAUGCUGCAAAGAUAGAAAUGCAUUAUUUUGAAGAGGAGUUAACUUGUUCUAUAUGCUACAGUAUAUUUGAUGAUCCUCGUGUUCUGCCAUGUUCGCAUACAUUUUGUAGAAAUUGUUUGGAAAGUAUUCUUCAAAUAUCAAGCAAUUUUUCCAUAUGGCGCCCCCUAAGGCUUCCUCUCAAGUGUCCCAACUGUAGAAGUAUUGUUGAAAUUCCUCCAUCUGGUACAGACUCUUUGCCUGUAAACUUUGCAUUAAAGGCUAUUAUUGAAAAGUAUCAACAAGAGGAUCAUCCUGAAGUAGCUACCUGCAGUGAGCAUUAUAGACAACCACUAAAUAUUUACUGUCUACUAGACAAAAAACUUGUGUGUGGCCAUUGUCUUACAAUAGGAAAACAUCAUGGCCAUCCUAUAGAUGACCUACAAAGUGCCUACAUGAAAGAAAAAGAAACUCCUGGAAGACUCCUUGAGCAGUUGACCGAUAAACAUUGGAGUGAGGUUUGUUUGCUUAUUCAGAAUCUGGAGGAACAGAAAGCUCAGUGUGGGAGCAUUGUUCAGGAGGAUAAAAAAACAGUUUUGCAAUAUUUUAAGAGACUUGGAGAUGUCCUUGAUCAGAAAAAACAAGCUUUACUUGGAGCGCUGGAUGAUGUAAAUAUGCAAAUUGAGGCAGAAUAUGAACCUCUCAUAGAAAUGUUGAAAGGAAUACGAGAGGAGCAACUUGAACUAAUGUCACUAAAUACAUCGUUUCAAGAAGAAGAGUCUCCUCUUCAUUUUCUGGAGAAAGUUGAGGAAAUACGUCAGCGUGUUAAAAUUUUAAGGGAAAAACCAUUACCAAUGAUUAAGCCAGUUGAAAUCCAUCCUCGAAUAGGACAGGUGUUAAAAGAUGUGUGGAGCAAAAGUGAAAUUAAUCAGAUUAACAAAAUUCUCAUUCCCAAAAUAAAGCUAAUUUCAAAGCAGAAAGUAUGUACCCAGAAUUGUAACAAUGAGACCAGACCAGCUAAAAAAUCCUUCUGGUCCUUCAGUCCUGUGGCAAUUAUAUUACUUUCUUUUAUUUUUUUUAUUGUUACAUUUAGCCAACAUAUAUUAACAUUCAUAAAUGAAAUAGUUUUUCCAUAUAUUUUUGAUACUUUGCAGAUAAUUUAUCAAGACUUAAGUAAAAGAUUGCACAUAGCAGUGGAAAAUACUAUGAUAUACCCCUGAUUUAAUUGAAUAAUAUUUUUGCUUUUGAUAGCAACUUUUUGCCCUGUUAAGAAAAAAUCUGAAUUCUAAUGGAUUUAAUUUUAACUUGAUGUUAAAUUAAGGUUUAAUUGAUAUCAAUGUCUUUUGUCAAGAGUGUCAGAAAUUACCUAGCAUUGCAAAUAAGCCAGUAACAGCCUGUACUAUUUGGACAUGUUCAAUUCUCUUCUCUGCAUGCACAUAGUGGUAAUCUCUUGCCAACAGAACAUCACGUAAAGAUUGUAUAAGAAUUGAGGUGAAAUGUGGGAUCCUUGGGGCUAUUUGAGCUUCUUUUUUUUUCUUUUUUUUUCAGAUGUUUCAUUACCCAAGGAAAUGAACCCUGGGUAACAUCAUCAAUCACCAAGAACACUUCCACCAACAUUAGUAGGGCAAGACACUUGUACAUAAACAGAACAAACCUCCCUCACUUCUAGAAGUAAUGGUGUUACCUACCGUAUUUUUCGGAGUAGAAGACGCACCUUUUUUCUUCAAAAAAGAGGCUGAAAAUCUGGGUGCGUCU